AUGAAUAACGACUCUUCCAAAACAAUAGUAACAGCAUAUAGGAAUACAGUCACAGACACGCAACAACAUCGUCGCACACGUUCAGCAGGAGUUAUGCAAGAUCCUGUUCUUCAUAUUAAUUCUCACGACAUUGCUCAAGGACCUGUUUUUUAUAAUGAUACUCAAGUUCCUCUGCUUGAUACCAAUUCACAUGAGGCUAUUCAAGUUCCUUGCAUUAAUUCCUAUGCUGUACAAGUACCUAAUUCUCAAAAAAUCCCUAUAUCAUUAGGACGUAAACAAACUUGGAAAUUCAUUCUUUCUAUGACAUGCAACACUGUGGUGCUCUUAAUUCUUCCUAUCUUAUUGAUCCCAAAGUGUUUGAUGCUGAUACAACGAAAAUUAUCCCCAAGUUAUUCUAUAUCUAGUCUGAUAGUAAUCGGAUUGAUUUUUUUUAUCAUAUUCUUUAAAUCACAUAAUUAUAAGGAAUAUGCAGAGUCUGAAACACGACUCGUCCCGAACUAUGCACUUCUUUCGGGUGGUGCACGUGUAAUUCCUCAUAUGACUUCUAGUGAAUAUGUUGGUUAUCCGGAAGAAUUUAUUAAACGUCAGAUUUCGAAAAUAUUUAAUAUCAAGUCUACCCAAUCAAAACCGGCAAAGAUUGUCUUAACAUCAAAUAAUGAAGCAGGAAACUGCUUUUGUUUUACUAGCACUCAUGGACAACUUGCAAUUCAUUUAAGUCACAAUAUAAAAGUAACUUCAAUCACCUACGAGCAUUUAAACCCUGCAUUGGCCUUGGUUCCAGAUGACAUGCGACGUGCACCAAAAACAUUCGAAAUCGUUGGUAUUUCUGUUGACUCUCAAGAGAAAAAUGAUGAAUAUAUUCAACUUGGUAGCUUCGUCUAUGAGCUUGAUGGACCUCCGGCCCAAAGCUUUGCAAUAAAACAUCCAAAUUUGGAAUUAUUACCAGUAAUGAAGGCUGUUGUCUUAAAAAUUAAGGACAACUGGGGAGAUGAAGAGCUCACAUGCUUAUAUCAAGUGAAG